UGCCGGAAGGGAUUUUGAGCCCUUCCGCCAUGGCGUCACGUGACAUCCCCUUGGUAACGCAAGAUGGCGGCGCCCAUGUUGCUGCCCGAGUCCUCUCUGGGGAAGUUGAGCCAUCAAAAACACAGAGCUAUUCUGAAGAAAGAAAAGCGGAAAAAAAAGCGGCAGGCACUUGCCAAACUAAGAGACUCAGAAGCUACAGAAAAAGAUGAAUCGGUGUCUGAGGAGGAAGAGGAGGAACUGGAAGAAGAUGAGGAAGAAGAAGAAGAAGAAAAAAAACUUGAGGCAGAAAGACAAAAACUACAUGAGCAGUGGUUGCUGAGGGAAGAAAAGGCGCAAGAAGAGUUCAAGCUUAAGAAAGAAAAAGAAGAGGCUGCAAGAAAACGUCAAGAAGAAGAGGAGAGGAAGAUCAAAGAAGAAUGGGAAGAGCAGCAAAGAAAAGAGAGAGAAGUGGCACAGCAGAAACAACAGGAGAAGAGAGAGAGAGAGGCAGCUGUGCAGAGGAUGCUGGAUCAAGCUGAAAGCCAGCUGGAGAAUGGUGUUUCCUGGCAUAACCCAGAGCCCCCGGAGAAUAUAGGAACAGAGAAGGAUAGAGCAAAUUGCCCAUUUUAUAUUAAAACAGGUUCCUGCCGAUUUGGAGACAGGUGUUCUCGCAAGCAUAACUAUCCAACAUCUAGUAAGACACUACUCGUUCGAGGGAUGUUCAUUACUUUUGGCAUGGAGCAGUGCCGGAGAGAUGACUAUGACACAGACGCGAGUCUUGAGUACAGUGAUGAGGAGACGUACCAGCAGUUCCUUGAGUUCUACGAGGAUGUGCUCCCUGAGUUCCAAAACGUGGGGAAGGUUGUUCAAUUCAAGGUCAGUUGCAACUAUGAGCCUCACCUGCGAGGAAAUGUGUAUGUCCAGUAUCAGUCGGAGAAGGACUGUCAGGCAGCUCUUGCUCUAUUCAGUGGACGAUGGUAUGCGGGCCGUCAGCUUCAUUGUGAAUUCUGUCCCGUGACAAGGUGGAAAACUGCUAUAUGUGGCUUAUUUGAAAGGCAGAAGUGUCCAAGAGGGAAACACUGCAACUUUCUUCAUGUAUUCAAAAAUCCAAACAAUGAGUUUUGGGAGGCCAAUAGAGACAUACGUAUUUCUCCUGAACGGACUAAUCAGUUGUCUAAAAACUCUGAAAGGAGAAACAGAACGAGCUAUCGUGAUGACUAUUACAGCCGGUCAAGGAGGAGGGGCAGUCCAAGCCCGGAUCAUUCUUACCGGAGAAAUGGAGAAUCAGAGAGAAAAAAGAAUCGCCGCAAAAACAAGAGAAGGCGCCGAUCUGGAAGGUCAAGAAGUCGGGAAAGGAGAAGGUCUCGCAGCAGGGGAAGAAAGAGAAGAGGCCGCAGUCGCAGCAGAAGUCAUAGUCGAACACGCAGUAGGAGCAGAAGUCGGAGUUCCUCUCGAUCCAGGAGCAGGGGUAAAAAGAGAUCGAGCAGCAGAGGAAAAAGUAGUGAAACUCCCAAAACAAAGUGAGAAUUACUUUUAGAAAUCGCUAAUUGAUCAAACAUAGAGCUGACAAAGAAUUCUUUCCAAUAGGGCACCAGAUUAUUUGAGUUUCAAAUAAAGUGUUCUUGCACAUUAAAAUGUUUCUUCCUAAUAAAGGAACCUAGUUUAUUGUGUGCUAAGCUUCAGAAAAUUAAAAGUUUAAGUCCUAUAUAAGGUGUGAAUGUCAAGUACUCUAGCUACUCUGUCCCUCUGAACUGCUGCAACAUCUGGAUGCAUACCGAGUACAAAUAGAAAGAGAAGUAAAACUUAUUUGGUAUAUGCUUAUUUCUGUGUUACGUGUGUGUUAAGUGUUUACUGUCCCUGUAAGGAGUUAGUACAGAACAGCCAGUGUGCUGUCAAUUCACACCACAGCAUACUGCGAGUUGAAGCCUCCGUAGAAGACUGCCAUUUAUAGUUUCCAUCUGUUCAUGGGAAACUCUUUCUAGAUGAAGUAAAUAUAAUCAUAUUAUGAGUUGGAGAAAAGGGAUCUAAAAGACGUCACCGUUUGACUGUACAAUACUUGCCCAGUAGGAGCUUUGUGGUCAUAAGUGUUGGAUUUUUCUCUCUCCCCGGACCGAGCUGCUGAGAUAAUUGCCUGUAGGGAUUGCAGUAGACUUAAAACCAAGUAGGAAAUACACAGGGAAACAAUCAAUUUAUUCAGUACCUUAAUUCCCUAGUAAGAGUGGAGACCAUGCAAUUGUAAUCCUCUUGGCUACAUACCAUUUGUAGUUGAAAACAACCUGCCUAACCUGCAAUGGAGUGGUAGAAAAGUGUGGAUCUGGUAACCAAAGACACGUAGGUAGUGGGGAAGGCUCAGGACGGCUGCAGAGUGGCUAAUGCAACUGAGACUUUUACACCUGAAACAAUACUUGAGGUUUUUGGGAGAGGAUGACUUAAAGCCUUUCGUAGGCUUAUUUUACAAACAGUUUAAGGCACCCUACUGCCUGGCUUUCCCACAGUCAGGGUGGAGAGUAGGGUACAUAAAAAUGAAGUCAUCGGGACAAAAACUUUUUGAAGUGACAGCUAUGUUAGCAAAGUACCUGCAAUCAGGUAAAUCCUUACAAAUAUUCCUUCACUUGUACAUGAAAGAUUUGUGCAGUUAAACGGACUGUACUUCACGCUGCUUAACUUCAGGUAUUUAACUUGGUGUCCUUUGAUGCUCGGAGAGAGCAGUUUGUGGCACUGAAGGUGCAGGUUCCCUGAACAGUCUGCAGAAAUACAUCGUUCUCUGUAGCCUCCCCAAAGAACCUGGGCUCCUGCCUUCAGAGUACUGUUCAGACCGCCCAGGUUAGAAGCCUGAGGUAGGCAUGGAGUGCCCCCAAAUACAUCCUCGUUACGACUCCAAUAAUGUAACAUAAAAGUCCUGUAGAAAAUCUGGAUAUCCAAACUUGACGAUAGCAUUCCUCACAGCAACGUUUCUCCCCCAAGGAUAGUUAAGAGUGAAUGAGCAUUGCUUCUGGAUAUAAUAUAUAUAUUUUUGCUUUUCUAAAUGCAUACUGCACCUAGCAUGCUGAUUAUACAUUUUCCUUCUUCCAUGUGUAACUGUUGUCCAAUAUGGAGUAAUACAACAGAAGUGCUAUAUAUUGAUGUUCAGUUCAAACCCAACUUUCACUAUAUAUUGUCAUAACCGUAGGCGGAAUUGUAGCUUAGUUAAUUUGAUUAAAUGUUUUAGUUAUUAACAAAUGUAGGAACUGUAAUUUAAUAGCUUAACUUUUGAAAUAAUAACUUUGUUUGAAAGCGUAUUUCCAAGGAUAGACAGCACUAAGUUUUAAAUUAUCUUUGAGAAAUUUGUGACCAUCAGUUUCUCAUAAUGUAUCUUUUUCUGACUAGACCUUACAGACAGAUUUUUCCCUGAGGUUUCUAUUUUUUCAUAGGUGCUCACUUGUCCAGUUGGGUCACUUGUGCAGAAGGUGGCAAACUCUGGUUCAGUUCCCUGGAGCGGAAUUGAACUGACGUUUCCUACUUGCCCACCAGCAGGCCGGUAACAUCUUGCUUUCGCUGGUGCUGCCCUGCUUCCCACCACUCACGCUGCUGAACUAGCCUGCUGGUUAAGGCUCUCGGGUGGGAAUAGUCAACUUACACCACUCGCAGCACGUUGUACAGCCUGCGUCGUGUGGCAGGCUUUCGUUGGGCAAUAUCUGAGCAAAAUCAAUUACUGAGCUCAAAGUGGUGGAAUGGGUGGUGGGAACUCGUGACCAGUCAGACGAAAGAAGCAAAGCAGGCUUUAGGAUUAGAAACUUAAGUGCCAACUAACACCCACGUGAGAAUUCCACAGGUAAUUAGGCUCCUUGUCCCCACAGUUUUGUAAUGGGAUCUGGAAAGCUGAGCAGCUGUAUUUUUUUUUUUUAAAAAAGUUUUUAUAAUUGAAAAAAAAAAAGGCUUGAUCAGAGAUGCAUGUAAAAAUUUAAAUAUACUUUAUUUCUGCUACUAUAGUGGCUGAAGCUUCAGCUUUUCUUUCUUGAGGUCUGGACCCAAACUUGCUGGCUGUACCUGUGCAGUGUAGGACUGGUAGCUGUAAUUAUCAUUCACUUUCACAUGCAUUCUGUAUAUUACACAGAAAUUGAGUGCUGUAGAUCUGACGUUUAGUUUGCAUUUGUUAGCAUGAAACCUGGACUUCAACCAGUUUUUUAACUUCAGAGUUCAUAUAUUUCAGUAUUGUUUCCCUACUUCAUUAUCUUAAGUAGUGUUAUAUGCAUGGUUUUGUGUUUCUUUAUUAGCUGAUUUAGCUAUUUAUUCUGAAGAGACAAAGAGACUAGAAGUUCUUAAAUGUUAAGCUUAAUUCUUCUUUUUCCAGAGGGGAGAAGCCCCAGACCACCACAGAAAGGAUUUAAAUUGGCAAGGAAUAGCUUGUUCUCACUGUGUUAUUCUGCGUAUCCCACAUAAAAGGACCUUAUGAAGUGAAUAUUGGCCAAGCUUUGUUUUGUUUUUAAUGACUGCUUAAAAGCAGUGACUUCCAAAAUUCUUUUCAGUUGUGACUGCUGCAAGGCUGGCUGAGGUGCUUUGGAGCGGUGAUGAGGAAAGCAGCAUUGACACAGAGCUGCAGGGAGGUGGUCAGGGCGCCAGCGGGGACCCUCCGCGGGGGCUGCCAGACAGCUGGCUGCACAGCCGGGAUGGGGAGUGGGCACAGCUCCCACCUUUUCCCUGUGGCAGAAAGGGAACGAAGAGAGCGUGGUGGUGAGCCCUCCUGCAGGCACCGGCAGUAUCACUGCAGCGUUAGGCAUCAGGGAACUGGGCUUGCCUCCUCCCUGUUGGGGCUGGCAGUUGCUUCCGUACCGUUUCCCUUUCUGCACGUCCGGAGUGGCUCACCACCAUCGCGGGGGCGAGGGGGCUGCCCCUCCCAUGGAGAGGAAAGCAGCACACCGGGAAGGGUCUUCCCUCCCUGACAGGGCAGAUGGUCUGAGAUGCAUCCUGAGUAACUUCUUGGCGUUACAUCCUUGGAUGGCAGCACGUCUUUCUCAGAUGCAGUUUUGCAUUACCACAUGCAGCGUAUCAGAAAUUGCCCCGAAGUUUACUAGUGACAUUCCUGUGUGCUAAAUAACCAUUUUUCAACAGAAAUGCAAAAGCCUGCUUAAAGAUGCUAUUGCUUCUUGUCCUGGAUCAGCACUUCUUAUAAAACAUGAAAGCCUACGCUAGUUAAUAACUUAGAAGCUUAAUUUACUUUUUUACAUCAUCUAAAGAGUGCAGCUGAUUUUGCUUUCACUCUAAGUUUGUUGUUAUUAAAAUAAGCCCCUAUUAUUCCACAUAUCCUUCUCUUCAGCACUGAUGUAUCAGCUGAAUUCAGCAUCCAUCUCAAAAAAAAAAGAAAAAAAAAAAAAAAGAAAGGAUGUAACACUGACAAGUUACCCUUCAGCAAAGGACCAGACAGGUUGCAAAGCGAGCCCUACAAGUGUGACCCGUGGCACAUGGUAGCUGCACAAAGGCAGCCCCAGGGUGACUGACCAUCAUCACGGUCUUGACCCAAAAGGAACAGCAGAUGUAUAGGAAAGCCUCCUCCAGUUAAGACUCCGAUUCAGUGACGAAGUGGAAGACACUCAAGCCAACAAUCACUUGUCUAAACAAUCCAGAAAUUCCGAUUCUUUAGCUUCCCCCAACCCCUUCCCCAUAAGACAGAAAAUUUGAGAAACAAAUUUUAUUUCAUAUUAGAUUUAAGAAAUGCCCAAAGAUGGUAAGCCUUCCCCAUGCUUUUGCUGGUAACAUCAACCAGUUCAGUUCUUUUAGAAAGCUGGAGAACAGAUUGAUCUGAAAAAUUUUUGGUUGAGACUAUGAUUGUGAACAUUUCAUUGAUCUGCUCAUAAUUCCAUGUAAGGAACUGAAUAUUCAGUCUGUAUUACCCAGAACCCUCCCUCAACAUGUCAUUUGUUUUAAUUUUCAAAUGAAGUGGCACCACCGCAUCAAUUUAACAUUCACUUUAAAAAAUUUCAUGUUUAAUGUGGUAAGCCUUCCAAAAACUUGCUAAUUUAUUGCUUUCUGUACAAUUUAAACAGAUGUAAAUAACUGAUCUUGGACACAGUAUACUCACAUUUUUUAAUAAAGUGCUCAAGAACAGGUUAAGCACUGUAAUAAAAUUUCCCUUUUUUUAAGCUA